AUGGACAAACCCAAGAAAUUCUAUACCAAAGACUACAUGUCACGACCGGGGAUGUCGUUCGCGAUUGAGAUUGCAGAUCCGGUGCAGAGAAUAGAGGAGUUUAUGAACAGAUACAGGAGAGAGCCCGUUGCAGAAGGCUUCGAAGAAUCUCUGAUGACGAGAGAUCUCAGCGUUGUCAGUGCGACGGGCCCACCAAAUGUCACCACCGCUGUCUUCGAGAUGGACAUCAUCCCCAUGUACGGAACCCGGAUGGGCAAUGCUUCAGGCGCCGCCAUCACACUCAUCCACGACAUGUGCACGACGAUGGCUAUGGCGCCGCUGGCGAGGCAGGACUUCUGGCAUUUCGGCGGAGUGUCUAGAGUCCUCAGCGUCACAUACUUGAGGCCAACAAAGGUGGGCACCACGGUGUUGAUCGAAUGCGAAGUUCUGCAGGUGGGAGCGCGAUUUGCGACGAUACGAGGGAGCAUCAAGGACAAGGCCACAGGUGAUCUCCUCUCCGUCUGUGAGCACAACAAAGCAAGCAUCAUUUUCCGCGAAAACCCCAAGAUUUGA